UAUAGCUUAGCUGUUUUCUCUUCCACGAUCCCUCGAAAUUGUAUUCGUUUCUCCCCACUUGAACAACCGGCGGUUACGCACUUGCUGUCGGCGUGAAGCUCCCGUACGUCCCGGACGGCCGGACCCGACGAGCCACCACCCGUACACCGCCUCUCCCUCCCAAGUCCCAAUAACUCAUCGCACGAGCAGCAGCGAGAUGCCUAGAUCUCGCGCGAAAUGACCGCUCCGCUGCCCCUCCUCGCCGUCAUCCUCCACGCCUGCGCCGCCGCCGAGGCGCUGGUCUUCGACGUGCCGUCGGGCAGCUCCAAGUGCCUGACCGAGGACCUCCGCCGCGGCGUGCUCUCCCACGCCUCGUACCGCGUGGCGGCGGGGUCCACGUCGGCGGCUGACCCGAGGAUCUCGGCGCGCGUCACGGGUCCGCGCGGCGAGGAGCUCCACCUGGCGGAGGCCGUGGAGCGCGGGGAGUUCAGGUUCCAGGCGGCGGAGGACGGCGGGCACACCGCUUGCUUCUGGACGCCCCGCUACGAGCGCGGCGCCGUCGUCUCCGUCGACGUGCAGUGGGACACCGCCGGGGGCUCCGGGUCCCGGCCCGCCGUCGCUGUCUCCAACAACCAAGGCCCCAUCGCUUCCAUUGCUGAAGAGUUGAAGAAAUUGGAGGAUUCUGCUCGACUCAUACACGAAGAGAUGAUUUCUCUGCGCCAGAGUGAGCACGACAUGCAGAGACUCAACGAAGACACUGCCACAAGAAUACACUCGUUUACCCUGUUGUCGUUGGCCAUGUGCGUCGGGGUCGCAGGAUUGCAGCUAUGGCAUCUGAAGAGUUUCUUUCAGAAACAGCAUAUACUAUAGAAGUUUAGAACAGGUCCUCCUGUACACAAUCUUUUCCCCUAUUUCAUAAGGUUGAAUUGAAUGGACCAUUCACUAAUAUUUCUUUCAGAAAAUGACGGUCAUUUGACCGAUUUACUGAUUUAGAUUAGAAUUUGGCUCCUAGAACGGGGAUGCCGGAAACCUUUUUGUUGUACACUUACAGGAGAGCUAUAGUGACUUUCAAACUUAUCAGCAAGUUUUCCGUGCAA